AUGAGGGUGUCCUCGUGCAGCUCGAAGGACCCAAACAGCUAGAUCAGCGCCCGAAGAGUCAAAGUGAAUAUUAAUCAAAAUUUAAUCAACAAACAAGGAUUUCUUUCUUACAAUGAACUAAAAUGGCACCCGUACGCUCAGCUUGAGGAAGGAUUCAACUGUUUUGGAUGAGAUCGGCAGAGAUGUCAUCGCCACUAGCAAAGCCUCAGAUUAUUGCGCACAUCCAGAAGAGUCUGAACUACACCGUUUUCGAUAGUAAAUGGAUUCCGUGCAGCGCGAAGUUUGUGUGUCUGGGGAACUUUGCAAGAGGAACCGGAGUGAUGCAGAUCUAUGAAGUACAGCAUGGAGAGGCACAGCUCAUCAAGGAGGUAGAGAAACCUAAACCGAUAAAAUGUGGGACAUUCGGUGCGACCUCUCUCCAACAAAGACACAUAGCAACUGGAGACUUUGAUGGAAAUCUCAAUAUAUGGAAUCUAGAGAUGCCUGAAUUGCCGGUGUACACUGCUAAGGCUCACAAAGAGAUAAUUAAUAGUAUUGACGGUGUUGGUGGCCUGGGAAUCGGUGAUGGUGCACCCGAGAUAGUCACUGGCAGCCGAGACGGAACAGUAAAAGUGUGGGAUCCCAGACAGAAGGAUUCACCAGUGGCCAACAUGGAGCCUAUAGAAGGAGAAACCAAGAGGGACUGCUGGACAGUUGCAUUUGGUCAUGCUUUCAAUGAUCAGGACCGUUGUGUAUGUGCUGGCUAUGACAACGGAGACAUUAAGCUUUUUGACCUGCGGAAUAUGUCCGUACGAUGGGAAACCAACAUUAAAAAUGGGGUGUGCUGUGUGGAGUUUGACAGGAAAGACAUCAACAUGAACAAGCUGGUGACAACCUCACUGGAGGGAAAGUUCCACGUCUUUGACAUGAGGACGCAGCACCCGACCAAGGGCUUUGCUUCUGUUUCAGAAAAGGCUCAUAAGUCAACCAUCUGGCAAGUGAGACAUUUGCCUCAAAACAGAGAUAUCUUCAUGACUGCAGGGGGAGCAGGCAACUUGCACCUCUGGAAAUAUGAGUAUCCUGCUCAGAGAUGCAAGAAGGACUCAAACGGCGUCGAUGUGGGUGUUGCCGGCUCCAUCAGCCUGUUACAGAAUGCAACGCUGUCCUCUCAGCCAAUCGCCAGCCUGGACUGGAGCCCCGAUAAGCAAGGAUUGUGCGUUUGCUCCAGUUUUGACCAGUCUGUGCGUGUGCUGAUUGUCACCAAACUCAAUGUGGUCUGAACAAGAGAUCACACAAAUACUGAUGGUCAACAUAUGUGCAGCCUAAGACUAAGCAAGAAACAGCUGCAGAGAUUCAUCCAGUGAAGUUAAUUCACUACAUUAGUAUGUUGUUUAUUAAGACAAUCUAUCACAUUUUUCUCAUCAAAUCAAAAGGCCUCUGCUGGUGUGAAAGAAAUGAGUCAUGCACCCUGUGGCUUGGAUUUACACUUUGGAAACAUAUUUAAUUUCUUGAGUUUUAGUAGCAGUUGAGGUGAGUUUUGUUUGGGUCAACUCAGUUUUUAUAAAACUGUUUAAUGGCUCUCUUUUUUACUAAUUAAAUGUGAUGUGAAAAAGUAAUAAUGAAA